AUGAGGUGGAACAAGGCUUCUUUGCUGGCAUUGCCAGCCAUUGCAUCAGCACAUGGCGCCCAUCAUCACCACCAGGAGGUCUUCUCGCAAGAUCAUCUCGAUGAGCUUGAGCAGAAAUGGGGGACUGACUGGGGUUUCAGUGGCAUCUCAACCUACGCCCAUCUGCCUCACACACGCUGCUUGACCAACCCAGAGGCAGCAUACGACAUUGCCAUCCUCGGUGCGCCGUUCGAUACCGCGGUCUCCUAUCGACCAGGAGCUCGAUUUGGCCCCCGGGCAAUUCGCUCUGGCUCAGCUCGCCAGACUUCCUUCCGCGGCUAUAACGCACGAGCAGGCCUCAACCCGUUCACAUCCUGGGCGAGCAUUGUCGACUGCGGAGAUAUACCUAUUACGCCUUUCGACAAUGCUCUUGCUUUACGGCAGAUGAGUGAGGCAUACCUCGAGCUUGCAGGGAGAGGACCUACCCAGAGGAGCAUCCAGAGCGGUGUUAAGUACCUCAGCAAGCCUAAAGUAAUCACCUUAGGGGGCGACCACAGCGUUGCACUUCCUGCGCUGAGGGCUUUGAACAAGGCUUAUGGCCACCCGAUCACAGUUGUGCACUUCGAUGCCCACUUGGACACAUGGCAUCCAGCCAAGUACCCUUCAGCUUGGAUUGAUUCUGAGGACCCAACUACACAGUCCUUCCUGAACCACGGCAGCAUGUUCUGGCUUGCUUCGAUUGAGGGUCUCGUUGCCAAUGGCUCGAGUGUGCACGCCGGGCUCAGGACAAGGCUGUCUGGUGAUGAUGAGGCGGACUACGAAGAAGACACACAGCAGGGUUGGAUGCGUAUCUCGACCGAUGACAUUGAUGACGUUGGAACCAAAGGCAUCGUCGAAUCCAUCAUGGAAAGGGUCGGUACUGAGACACCGGUCUACCUGAGCAUCGACAUUGAUGUUAUUGACCCCGGUCUGGCUCCUGCAACAGGUACACCAGAGCCCGGGGGUUGGUCGACCAGGGAGCUGAUUAGGAUCCUGCGAGGAAUCGAGGGCUUGAACGUCGUUGGUGCAGACAUUGUCGAGGUCAGCCCGGCGUAUGAUAGCUCCGCGGAGAUCACCAGCAUUGCCGCUGCGCAGAUUGUUUACGAAGUACUGACAAGUAUUGUGCGCAAGGGAUUGACAGAGCAAGCCAGGAUUGAAAGUGUAAAGAGCAGCGAUAAGGACGAGUUGUGA